GAAACAGAAGCAAAGCCUAACUUUCAUAUAUUUUUAUGCGAGAGGCCCACAGAUUCAGAUUGACACUGAAAUUUUGAAAGAGAGAAACCUUGGAUUAGCCAUUGCUCUCAUUGGGAGCCUCUAGCUGCACCAGUUGCAGUCGCCAAGUUUUCAUCUUUCUUACAGCCCUCGUUUCUCAAGCCCAUGAUUCUUCUGCCCUAAAGCUUCAACUCAGAAGAAAGCUGAUGAUGGAAGGAAGAAGGAUCAUAGCAGACCCUAGACCUUGCAUCGGUAGAAGAGUUGUAGCCAAUAAGAGGUCUCGUCCCGAUGGAUUCGUCAAUAGCGUUAAAAAGCUUCAACGCAGAGAAAUCUCGUCCCGUAGGGAUCGAGGUUUCUCCAUUAGCACCGCUCAAGAGAGAUUCCGCAAUAUGCGUCUCGUGGAGCAAUAUGAUACGCACGAUCUUAAAGGAGACUGUUUAGUUGCAUUACCCUUUUUGAUGAAACGAACCAAACUUAUCGAGAUUGUUGCUGCGCGGGACAUUGUCUUUGCGCUUGCUCAUUCUGGUGUUUGCGCAUCUUUCAGCAGAGAGACGAAUAAAAGGGUCUGCUUUUUGAAUGUUAGCCCUGACGAAGUCAUAAGGAGCUUGUUCUACAACAAGAACAAUGAUUCUCUCAUCACAGUUUCUGUUUACGCCUCAGACAAUUUCAGCUCUUUGAAAUGCAGAUCCACUCGAAUCGAAUAUAUUAUGAGGGGUCAAGCAGACGCUGGAUUUCCCCUUUUUGAGUCUGAAUCGCUAAAGUGGCCAGGUUUCGUAGAGUUCGAUGAUGUUAAUGGGAAGGUGCUGACAUAUUCUGCGCAGAACAGUGUUUACAAGGUGUUUGAUCUGAAAAACUAUGCAAUGCUAUAUUCGAUAUCAGACAAAAAUGUCCAGGAAAUUAAAAUCAGUCCAGGGAUAAUGUUAUUGAUUUUCAAGAGAGCUUCAAGUCAUGUUCCCUUGAAGAUUCUAUCAAUCGAAGAUGGCACAGUUCUCAAGUCCUUUAAUCAUUUGCUCCACCGAAACAAGAAAGUUGAUUUCAUUGAACAAUUCAAUGAAAAGCUUCUAGUUAAGCAAGAGAACGAGAAUCUCCAAAUACUUGACGUCCGAAACGCUGACGUGAUAGAAGUCAGCAGAACUGAAUUCAUGACGCCAUCGGCAUUCAUAUUUUUGUAUGAGAACCAGUUGUUUCUAACAUUCAGGAACCGAAAUGUUUCUGUGUGGAAUUUCCGCGGAGAGCUUGUGACUUCAUUUGAGGAUCAUCUUCUUUGGCAUCCAGACUGUAACACAAAUAAUAUCUACAUCACAAGCGAUCAGGACCUAAUCAUCUCAUAUUGCAAGGCAGAUACUGAAGAUCAGUGGAUGGAAGGAAAUGCAGGGUCGAUUAAUAUAAGCAAUAUCUUGACUGGGAAAUGCCUAGCUAAAAUAAAAGCAAGCAAUGGCCUUCAAAACGAAGAGGAGUCCUGUAGCAGUUCCAAUCAAAGAAAUAGUGCGGUUUCUGAGGCUCUGGAAGACAUAACCGCUCUAUACUAUGAUGAAGAACGGAACGAAAUAUACACUGGAAAUAGACAUGGCUUUCUCCAUGUCUGGUCUAAUUGAGAAGCUACUCAAUCAUUUGUUUGUGUAGAUUAUUAGCUAUGGAGGAUCUCUUUGUAUCUUGGGGUUUUCUUGAAAAUGCGUGUAAUGUCGUUUAAAACUUUACUAUUCUUUGAGCAGCAAUUGUGGUUGUAAUGAUAGCAGGAACUAUUUGGUGGGGGAUUCGGCUCCACGUUAUGUACACUAAUAUGAUUCGUCUGCUUAUGAGAAUUAAAU